CCAUCAUUUAGAAUUAGAACAACACAUCACUAACUUCCUUAUCCUAUCCAUACAAUACAAACACACUCACAAGAACUUUCCCAAAUGGAGAAGAAGCAACAAUGAACAUUACUCUUCUUCAACCUCCAUCAUCAUUCAACUUCACCAAAACCAACAACAUCAACUCUAACUCUAACUCUAACUCCUUUGUCUUAAACUACACAAACACAACAUCAAUAACACCAACCUCAAAAACAGAACCACGCGACCAAAAGCUUCUAACACUCUUACAACAACGUAAAACCGAAGAAGCUUGGAUUGCAUACACUCACUCCCCUCACCUCCCUAACCCCACUUGCCUCAGCCGUUUACUCUCUCAGCUUUCUUACAACAACACUCCCUCUUCUCUCACGCGUGCUCAGUCCAUCCUCACGCGCCUCCGUAAUGAAUCCCAGCUCCACCGUCUCGACUCCAAUUCCCUCGGCCUCCUUGCCGUCGCCUCUGCUAAAGCUGGUCACACUAUCUACGCUUCCUCCGUUGUCAAAUCCAUGCUCCGCUCCGGCUACCUUCCUCAUGUCAAAGCUUGGAGUGCUGUCGUAAGCCGUCUCGCCUCCGACGAUGAUGCUUCUGGUCCGGCUGAAGCUAUCCGUCUCUUUCGUGCUGUCACGCGCCGGCUUAGGAAGCUCCCUGACCUUGAAAUGGCGGCGGAGUCGCGGCCGGAUACUGUGGCGUUCAAUGCUGUGCUUAAUGCUUGUGCUAAUUUGGGUGAUGGUAAGAUGUUUUUACAAGUGUUUGAUGAAAUGCCGGGGUUUGGUGUUGUGCCUGAUUCUUUGAGUUAUAAUAUUGUUAUGAAGCUUUGUUGUGGAAAUGGUAGAAAAGAUUUGCUUGUGUUUGUGUUGGAGAGGAUUCUUCAGCUGAAUAUACCUUUGUGUAUGACUACUUUGCAUUCACUUGUUGCUGCUUAUGUUGAUUUUAAUGAUUUGGAAACUGCUGAGAAAAUUGUUCAGGCUAUGAGGGAAAAAAGGAGAGAUCUUUGUAGGAUACUUAGAGAGUCCAAUUCACAAUAUUCUUAUGUUGAUGAUGAUGUUGAUUCUGUUUUUCAUAAGUUGCUUCCAAAUUUGAUCAUGGAUAAGAGUGCGAAUCACAAUGUGAAUGAUUUACCUUUGUUGCCAAAAGCAUAUACACCAAACACUAGGAUUUACACAACUCUAAUGAAAGGUUAUAUGAAGGCGGGGCGGGUUGCGGAUACUGUAAGAAUGCUUGAGGCAAUGCGUUAUCAGGAGGAUAGUUCCAGUCACCCUGACCAUGUUUCCUAUACUACCGUGGUUUCGGCACUUGUGAAGGCUGGUUUCAUGGACCGGGCACAUCAAGUUCUUGCUGAAAUGACAAGAAUUGGUGUGCCUGCGAAUCGGAUAACCUACAAUAUUCUGCUCAAGGGUUACUGUAAACAACUGCAGAUGGACAAGGCAAUGGAGUUGCUUCAAGAGAUGGCUGAGGAUAUUGGGAUUGAGCCUGAUGUUGUGUCGUAUAAUAUACUUAUUGAUGGUUGUAUAUUGGUUGAUGACAGUGCUGGUGCUCUUUCCUUCUUUAAUGAGAUGAGGGCAAAAGGGAUAGCUCCCACAAAAGUUAGUUACACUACUUUGAUGAAAGCUUUUGCAUUGUCUGGUCAACCAAAGCUGGCUCAAAGGGUCUUCGACGAAAUGGUGACUGAUGCUCGAGUGAGGGUGGAUUUAAUUGCUUGGAAUAUGUUGGUGGAAGGAUAUAGUAGGUUAGGAUUGGUUGAAGAGGUAAAGAAGGUGAUUCAAAAGAUGAAAGAAAAUGGAUUUUACCCUAAUGUGAGCACCUAUGGAAGUUUUGCCAAUGCAAUUUCAUUGGCAAGAAAACCAGGCGAAGCACUUAUACUUUGGAAUGAAGUGAAGGAAAGGUGUGAGUUGGCAAAGGAAGGAGGGAAAACUGAUUCUUCUGUUCCACCUUUGAAACCUGAUGAAGGGCUUUUAGACACACUUGCUGAUAUAUGUGUGAGGGCUGCUUUCUUUAGAAAGGCCUUGGAAAUUGUGGCUUGCAUGGAAGAAAAUGGGAUAUCUCCAAACAAGACCAAGUAUACUAGAAUAUAUGUGGAAAUGCAUUCAAGAAUGUUUACCAGUAAACAUGCUUCAAAGGCUAGACAAGACAGAAGAGUGGAGAGGAAAAGAGCAGCUGAGGCUUUUAAGUUUUGGUUGGGUUUGCCUAAUUCUUAUUAUGGAAGUGAGUGGAGGUUAGAACCUCUUGAUGGAUAUGAGUGAUACUGCCUCUCAUUAGGUUUGAUCUGCUACAUCAAGUAGAAAAGAGGAUAUACGUAUAUACACUAGUAUACCCUAGAAAGUAGAAAUCAAUGUAAUAACUUCAAAUAAACUAAAGUGGCUAUUUUUAUUUGAAAAUGGUCUUUUUUGGAUUAACUUAUAUAGAAUUUUGGAACA